CAAUAAUAAUUUAGGAAAUACCGUUAUCCACUCAAUAUUCACUUCAACUUUGUCAGUUCUCUCAGUUUCUUCUCUUUCUCUUUCACUUCUGAACCACACAAGAAUGGCUUCCAUGGCUGCUUUCUCCACAACCUUCUUCACACCUCUUCAAUAUAGAACAACUAACUCAACUACUUCUUUCCCUACUCUCAUCAAAUCCUCACUUGCUUCUUCCAAUUCAUCCUUUUUUCAACAUGCCUUUUCUCAACAAACCUCAUUCAACUCGAACAACAACAACCCUGUUUUCAAGUCUCGCUCUUUCUCAGUCAACGCUAGCGCUACCACUAAUAAAACCAUUUAUGAUUUCACCGUCAAGGAUAUUGAUAAGAAGGAUGUUAAUCUUAGCAAAUUUAAGGGGAAGGUUAUCUUGAUUGUCAAUGUUGCUUCAAGAUGCGGUUUGACAUCAUCAAACUACACAGAACUCUCGCACUUAUAUGAAAAUUUUAAAGACAGAGGUUUCGAGGUUCUAGCUUUCCCUUGCAAUCAAUUUGGCAUGCAGGAGCCUGGAUCAAAUGAAGAAAUUAAGCAAUUUGCUUGCACCAAGUUCAAAGCAGAAUUUCCAAUUUUCGAUAAGGUUGAUGUAAAUGGACCAUUUACUGCUCCAGUAUACCAGUUUCUGAAAUCAAGUUCUGGAGGCUUUUUUGGUGAUCUUAUCAAGUGGAAUUUUGAGAAAUUCUUGGUUGAUAAAAAUGGUAAAGUUGUUGAAAGAUAUCCACCAACAACUUCUCCUUUUCAAAUUGAGAAGGAUAUCCAGAAGUUACUUGCUGCGUAACCAAAAUCCGAGCCACGCUGGCUUCCUCAACGAGUUGAAGUUGAUGACAAACAAUGAACAUAAUUAUUUUGUAAAUCGUUUGGUGUCUUCACUAAAUUAUCAUCAGUAUACUACAUAGAAGUGAAAAAAAUGUUCUUUGCUUUAUAGCUCAAAAGGGAAAGAGUUCAUAAAUGGCCAGAAUUUUCAUUAAA